AUGGCCAAUCUGGCGUCGACGUACCGGAAUCAAGGCCGAUGGGCAGAGGCCGAGUCGUUGGACUUACAAGUUAUGGAGAUAAAGAAAAAGGUGCUGGGGCCGGAACACCCUGACACGCUGACCGGCAUUAACAAUCUUGCUUGUACUUGGAAAGGCCAAGGUCGUCAUGAUGACGCAUUGGACUUGAUGCGCCGUUGCGUCCAGCUCAACGAGCAAGUACUUGGCCCACAUCACCCUCAUACGAUGUCCAGUCUUUGUGAACUAGAUAUAUGGCAAAAAAUCGACCAUUCAUUGCGGCAGCACAGCUAG